AUGACACCCAAUCCAGAGCCCUCCGGUUUCUCCACCUUGUCAUUCAGUAAUAGCACGGAUCAGACGCGAGCUAGCCAACGAAAGGAUAACAAAGGUCGCAAAUUCUUUCAACAGAUGCAACCAACCUUCUCGGUACAUGUGCCAACAACGAACACCACAAAGCUUGAAUUUCUGGACAAUUUUGAUCCCGCGAAAGAUACAGUGGUUCGCAAGAAGGCCCGAGAAUGGGUCAACAAGAACCGCGAGAUCACCAACCUCAGCGGACAAGCAACACCAAAAUCAAAACCCAAGAACGCUGCAUGGAAAACGGAAGAUGAAGAGAAGAGGACACAGCUGGCACGACGGAGAACUGCAGCUCCCGUGAUAACAACCAGUCUUCCCAAAACAGUCGCCGCAAGCUCUGUGGACGCUUUUGGUGUCCUUCCGCACAUUGGAAGGGAUUUUGAUCAUAUCAUCAAGUACUUUCUUUCAUCCAAUUGCCCCGAAGAGAUUCCAUGUUCAGACGAUAAGUAUGCAGACAAAUCCAAGCAUGCUCUUGUCCCCUUCAAAUACGAGAACACUAUCCUGGGCAAUAUGGCUAAGACCGAGCUCACCUUUGUCCUUUGGCUCUAUGCUACGGUCAUCAUCCGUGAUGGAUCGUCGGGCAAUUUAAACACUGAGGAGGUUUACUGGUUCUACAACAAAUCUCUAAAAGUGAUGCAGGAGACCUUACAGAGAGAAACAGCAGCUGGGACGUUUUCAGACUAUCUUAUAAAUGCUGUCUCUUGCAUCACGGCUGCUUCGGUAUUUUCUGGCAUGUUCAAGACAGCUGUGCUGCAUCGUGAUGCGUUGGUUCGCCUUCUCGCACACCGGGGCGAUGGUGACAUAUUGGCUGGCUGGCAAUCUACAGGUUACUUUACACGUAAGGCUUCGCAGUGGUGUGAAAUUUUGGUCGCAGCACAGCUUGCGGAAGUACCGAAACUUCCUCGUCAGCCUCAAAGCUUCUCGCCGCUUCCUGAUUACAUCAUUCUUGCAACUAAAGUACUUACCGCUACGACUCUUGGAAGUCUGCCACCGCUUUCCGAGCCUUUCACCGAAGUCAUUUGCUGUUUGCACCAAGUUGCCGUUUUUUACGCAUCUCCACCACCAGACAUCAAGAUCGAUGAUUACAUUAUUCAGCCAAUAUAUGAUGUCCAGUGUACACUUUUGCGGAUACUAGCAGCUCAAAAGCAACCCGAGCAUGGUUUCUCGGACAUCGAAGUAUUACUCGCCGAAGCUUUCCAGCUAUACUUCUGGACGGGAAUAAGAGGAUUACCACCUCAAACUAGGCUAUGUGAGCUCCUAAUAUCUCGUGUCAUGAAAGCACUGCUUCCGCUUCUACUCGAAGCAAGUACAGAGCUGUCCUUCGAAACAGGACCGAGAUUGGCUGCGUCGAUUGAAGCCAAGCUUAACAAUAACCCACAUCUAAUGGAAGCUAAAGACUACUUUUACCGCUUCCUUAGACAUCCGCGCGAGGUGAACAAUGCUAUCACAUGGGCAUUGGCUCUUGGGACUUUGGUCACAGCACCGCUCCUUGCGCCUGAGCAUAGUUGGUUCAAGCAUCAUUUUCAGUUGCAGUUGCGAGCUAUGACUCUGGAUCAGGACGAGGAUCAAUGGCUAGCCUUUCUCGGUCUUUUCCCGAUUACAGAUAGCUAUCCCAAUCCCUGGUUCAAACUGAAAAGUGUGUGGCGCGAACACGGCAUCUGA